AUGAAAUUCCUCGUCUGCAUCUGCUUGGCUCUUUGCGUGGCCGCUGCCCAGGCUCAUGUUGUGGCUCCUGUUGCCUAUGCCGCUGCCCCGGCCCUGACCUACGCAGCCGCUGCACCUGUUGCGACAUACGCCGCUGCCUUGCCACGUGCCUAUUCCGCAUACUCAACCUACGCCGCUCCCUCCGUCUACUCUGCCUCAUAUGUGGCACCAUCGGUUUACUCCGCAUACGCUGCCCCCGUUGCCACCUAUGCCGCUGCACCCGCUGUUGUGUCCACACUAUUGAAGAAGUAA